AAAGAAACGUAAGACUUCUACAUUUCUUAUGUGGAGUGGUCGUUUAGAUGUUUCAGAAACUUCAUGGUUCAGUUAAAACAUGUUUUCUUUGUCCACCUAAUGUAAAUAUGUACUGUCGUACUAACUGACUGUUAGUUGCACUUUGAUUUUCGGCAUGUUGAUUUCGAUAAGUGUAGUGUGAAUUUCGACAGAGUUGUGUUUCACGUAAAUGGCUUUCAACUGGUCGAUGCUGACGUCAUCUUCCGUUCUAUUUUUGAUUGUAAUAUGUUGCUUUGAUUCGUAAAUUAGAAUUAUAUAUUCCUUUAUUUGCUGCAGCAAUGGGUUAGCCUAUUGGAUUAAUGAGUUGUAAUAUUAGGAAGUUCAGUUGCACUAGAUUCAGUUUUGGCUUUUAUUGUACUACGAAUCCUGAGUAGGACAGAUGAGUGUCAGUUCACGACACGUUUAUAACUAAAAAGGCUUUUGAAUGUUUAUAGAACCGCUCAAACACUUGUAUCUGGUAGACAGUCGUUUAGGACCGUGUGACUCUCAAGAGUGUAGCAUUGGUGUGAAAAAUUUCGAAGUCAAGCUGGUAUUCACAGUAUGUCAUAAUAGUCGAUCGGCGACCAAAAUUUAAAAUCCGGCGUUUGAUGAGAUGCUAGGCCACUGUUUAGCAGUAAUAUUCUUUAUCGGUACUGCUGCUGAUCAUCUCUAAAACGGUCUGUAUAUGUCGAGAAAUACGAACAUUCAUCUCGUUAUUGUUGCCAGCUGAAUCAACAGAAAGAUCUUUUAAGUACCGGGAGUUUACAUAUAUCCACGAGUAUCUUUGAAUAGGUGAAUUAGAAAAACUUAUGCUACACAUGAUAGAAUCCAUUUGUACCUUAUCACACAUUUUGUCACCUUUUCUAUUUCCCAUCCUUUUCUGAGUCUAAAAAGAUUCAACUAACUUUUAAACUCUCUUCUAUUUGCAUAUUCCCAUCAAGCAAAAGCAACGGAGCGACUGUAUGGUAACGUAAUAAUAGCCAGUUGCAACAGCACCAUUACCAUACGUUGAGCUGGUUCUGUCUUCAGAAUGAAUCAACCUCCAACUCUGUUGAAUUCAUUACGGUUUUUGUACUUGGGAGUUUCGUUGUAUUUCUACCAACGUAUGAGUGCGAGUGGCCGUCGUCAGCUGAGUGGGUUUUUCAACCCUGAAUCUUAUGGACUUCGGAGGAAUAAACCAUUACUGGCAUUGGAACUCGACUGCUGUGUUAUUCCUAUCCGAAAUAACUUGAAACUUAUCCAAACAACCGACUUCUUUUAUCCUCUGAUUGAUGAUCCUUACACUAUGGGUCGUAUUACGUGCUGUAAUGUACUGAGUGAUUUGUAUGCGAUGGGCGUAGUCGACUGUGAUAAUUUACUUCUACUUUUGGGUGUUCCACGUGAAAUGACCCAAGAAGAACGUGAAAUAUCAAAUCGUUUAUUGAUGGAGGGUUUUAAGGAUUGUGCAUUAGAAGCUGGUACAUAUGUUCGUGGGGGACAAACUGUAUUGAGUCCGUGGUUAAUGAUCGGUGGUGUAGCAACUUCAGUUUGCAGUGAUUCGGAAUAUAUUAUGCCGGAUCAAGCUGUAUCGGGUGACGUUUUAGUGCUCACAAAACCUUUGGGCACUCAGGUAGCCGUUUCAGUUUACUACUGGAUGUUAGAAGAUAGUCCAUCUUGGUCUGAAAAUCUAUGCAACGUCAUCACAUCGGAUAAAGUAAAGAGUCUGUUUCAUUCUGCUACUCUCUCCAUGACUCAUUUAAAUCGAACAGCUGCUCGACUGAUGCAUAAACACCACGCACAUGGGUGUACUGACGUAACAGGUUUCGGUCUUUUGGGUCACGCAAAUAAUUUGGUCCAAGUUCAAGCAAACAAUCACUUAGCUUUCCGAAUUCAUACUUUGCCAUGUCUUGAAGGAAGCUCGUUAAUUUCUAGAGCACUAAACGAUCGAUUAAAACUACUUCAAGGUUUUUCUCCAGAAACAUCAGGUGGCUUGUUGAUUGUUCUUCCUCGAGAAUCUGCUCAAUCCUUCUGUGAAGAGCUAACUGCCGAAACUGGAUGUCCAUCAUGGAUAAUCGGAGAUGUAAUAGAAGCCGAUUCGAAAAGUGCUUUUCUUGUACAACAGCCAGAAGUCGUAGAUGUUCAACAUUCCCAAAUCAUCCCACCAAAAUGUUCCAUUCUUAGCCAGUAA